AUGAGCAGGCACAGCCGGCUGCAGAGGCAGGUCCUCGGCCUGUACCGCGAGCUGCUGCGCGCCGCGCGAGGCAAGCCCGGCGCCGAGGCGCGGGUCCGGGCCGAGUUCCGCGAGCGCGCACGGUUGCCUCGGGGCGACGUUCAGCGAAUAGAGUACCUGUACCGGCGCGGGCGGCGCCAGCUGGAGCAGCUGCGGGGCGGCCACACCACGGCGCUGGGCUUCUUCGUGCCGGGGAAAGACCCGGGGUCGCAGCCCGCAACCCCCCACAAGGAGCCGCCCACAGACACUGACCAGCGCGCGGCCACAGACCCUGGGCACAAUGUCCCGCCGUAGACUGCCUGGGGGGAAGGAAGAGCCCCCCCAAGAAACCCAGAUCCCCAGUGCCAACACCUCGAGAUUCCAGAGUUGGACUCUUAAGAUUCCUAGAAGCCCCCUCAGACCUUGGACACACUCUCCCUCCUGCACCUUCCAGGCUCUCGCCGUAUACUGCCCUUGACUGCCUGGGGGAAAAGAAAGAAAGCCAGAAAACCCCGGACCCCGAGACUCCAGAGUUGAACCCUCAGACUCCUAGAAGCCCUCGUAGCCCCUGAGAACACUCUCCUCCUUCACCUUACGAGCUCCCACCGCAGACUUCUCUGGACCGCUUGGGGGAAAGGAAGAGAAAAGCACGCCAAUACCCAGAGUAUCCAGACUUUGACCCAAAUCUUCCCUGGACUCCUAGGAGCCCCCGGGGGUGGCUCACUCCCUCCUCUCUCUACAGCCCUUCUCCAGUCUGUGCUCUGAGGAUCAGCAGGGAGAGCCUUGGGGCCUGAUUCUGGGGCUUCUGUUCUCCCCUCCCCCAAUAAGAUGGGCCCCAUUUGCCCCCGCUUCUGUCUCCCCCAUUAGAUUGUGGUAGACCUUCUUAAGCCCCCUGAAGGCGGGGACUGUCAUUUUGGUCUCCCUAAUCUGAACACCUGGCACUGGAGUAAGAAUAAGUUUGUUGUCUUGAUGUAACUGACUCCAUUUUUUACAUGACUUUACAUUCUGCCUCCGCCCACUGAGAAGGCAGUGUUUGUGAUACUCAUUAUACAUGUGAAGUCACGAAAAACAUUUCCACUUCAUGUUGCAAAAAAUAAAUAAAUAAAUAAAGUGAAAAAAUCA